AGCAGCGUCACAUGUUGUUUUUCUCCAGGAUCAGAUCAGUCCCUUGGUCUGGUCCCACUGCACAGUUGCUUCUACCGUGGUGGACAGCGGACGCAGCUAUCGCUGUCUGCGAUGGAUUAGAUAAAAACAAAUAAAACGGAUAUCUUUAAAGUUAUUUAGCUGCGAGUUAAAAAAGAAAAUAGAAAGGAGUCUGUUUAUCUGGAACUCAGAAGUGGUGAGAAAUGGCAAGUCCUCCGGCGACGGGUGGACACCUGUUAUCUAAUGGGACGAACGGCGUGAAGAAGUACGGAUACCUGAGGAAGCAGAAACACGGACACAGGCGCUUUUUUGUGCUCCGGGAGCUGACCGAGCGCAGCCCAGCCCGGCUCGAGUAUUAUGAAAGCGAGAAGAAAUGGAGAAACAAGUCCGCCGCGAAACGGGUCAUAACUUUGGACUCAUGUCUGUGCGUAAACAAACGGGCCGACGCCAAACACAAGCACCUCAUCGCCCUCUACACCAAGGACGAGUACUUCGCCGUGGCUGCAGACAACGAGCAGGAGCAGGAGAGCUGGUACAUGGUGUUGACAGAUCUGAUAGCCGAGGGGAAAAUGUACGACAGCCCCGCUUCCACCUCCUCUUUAGUGGGCUUUGAGGAAGCCAGCUACGGACUCAUGACUCCUGCAACAGCUGCCUAUAAAGAGGUAUGGCAGGUCAACUUGAAAUCCAAAGGCUUGGGUCAGAUCAAGAACCUCACUGGAGUGUACAGGCUGUGUUUGUCCAGCCGGACCAUCAGCUUUGUCAAACUGAACUCCGAAACAGCUGCUGUCAGUUUACAGCUCAUGAACAUCAGGAGAUGUGGCCACUCAGACAGCUUCUUCUUCAUAGAGGUGGGUCGCUCAGCGGUCACUGGGCCUGGGGAGUUCUGGAUGCAGGCGGAGGACUCCGUGGUGGCGCAGAACAUCCAUGAGACCAUUCUCGAGGCCAUGAAGGCCAUGAAGGAGCUGUCUGAGUUCAGGCCGCGGAGCAAAAGCCAGUCCGCCAGCACUAACCCCAUCUCUGUGCCCACACGACGCAACCUCAACAACCUGCCCCCCAGUCAGACGGGCCUGGUGAGGAGAUCCAGAACAGAUAGCAUGGCAGCCACGUCCCCAGGGAGAAAGUUCACAUCCUGUCGGAUAAGAACGGCCAGCGAGGGGGACGGAAGCGUGACCCGGCCUGUGUCCAUGUCCAUAUCUGUGAAUGGGAGUCCCACCAGUCCAAACUCUGGGAAUCACCUCAUCAGGUCUCAUACGCUCAGCAGUGGGCGCACCUGCAGGAUGCUAGAGUCCUCCUCCAACCUGCAUCAUAGCCGCUCCAUGCCGGUGUCCAACUCCCCACCGGGCACCUCCAGCCCCAUCAGCAUGUCUCCCAGAAUGGGGGCUAAUAUAUCCACUCCCGACAAAGCUAGGCGUCCUUUCAGCUGCAGCGCCUCCAUCUCUGGCUCUCUCAGCGACACAGGCUUCAUGCUGUGUGACGAUUACAGCUCCAGCCCAGGGGAACUUCGAUUCCUCCCCUUGACACGCAGUGACACCCCUGACUCGCUGUCCAGCACGCCUCCAUCCCGUGACAUCAGUGACCCUUGUGGCUACAUGACAAUGGAGGGGGGGAAUGGCAGCAGGUCUGGGGCUGGCGGUGAUGCUCUGGCAUAUGACAAGGAUUACAGGAAGCGGACGCACUCCCUCACCACACCACGUCAACAGAGGGUGGUGACGCCGUUAUCCUCGGCCUCCCUGGAUGACUACACACUCAUGAGGAUGGCCCACGGACAGAACUCUCACUCUGCCUCUCCCAAAGUGUGUUACCCUGAGGAUUAUGGAGACGUUGAAAUCGGUUCAUCCAGGAGCUCCAGUAGUAACCUUGCCGAUGAUGGCUACAUGCCAAUGACGCCAGGUGUAGCAGCCCAGUCUGGCAAGGUAGACAACUACGUGCCCAUGAGCCCCAUGUGUGUCUCAGCACCAAAGCAAAUUGUGAACCCUAGGGUGCACCCUCAGGCGCCUGCCAACGGCGGCUACAAGACCAACUCCCCCUGCAGCAGCUCUCUGGAGGACAACGGCUACAUGAGAAUGUGGUGUGGCUCCAAAUCUUCAAUGGAGAGCCCGGACAGGCACGGUGAAUACAUGAACAUGUCACCUGGAAACCCACCUCCACUCCAGACCCCCCCUGAAUACUACUUGGGCCUGUUGGCUGGUGAACCUGCAUCAGUGAGGUCAGCUUACCAGGCUGGCUCUCUCACGCUCCCUGCUAAACUUCAGGCCUCCAAGAAUGAGGAAAGCAGCCAGUAUGUGUUGAUGAGCCCUCAGAGUUUGAGGCAGAGGGCGGGGGAGUCAGACUAUUAUUCAAUGAUGCAGCCCAGUGCAGCUCAGACUUCACCACUUAGCCCCUCUGUACCCUCCCCAGUCAGACACGGGCGGGUAGAGAGCCUGCCAUACAGAGGAAGGCUUGGUAGGCCUAACAGGCUAUCCCUGGACACCCUGAGGACCCUGCCCAGCAUGAACGAACACCCCCUUCCCGGAGAACCCCGGAGCCCUGGGGAAUACAUUAAAAUUGACUUCAGCUGCGCCAGGUUCUCCCCACCCUCCAUUGUAUCCACAGAGAGCCAGUCUUCACUGGGCUCCAGCGGUGGGGGCCCGGGGCGGUCCUCUCUGACCGACUACAUGAACCUGGAGCUGGGCUCACACUCACCCAAGGAGGCUGACACUCCCGCUGAGCCCUUGGACACACUCCCAGAGUUAUCCAUGUGCUUAGUCGAAGAUGGAGUGUACCAUCUGGAUAGCGAGAAAGGGUCUCAGGGCGAUGAGGUGAAAAACGAUUACACUGAGAUGACAUUUGGCAUGACCAGCUCGCCUCCACAGCUUGUUCCUCAGAACACUGCAAGCAGCCAGAGCAUCCGUGAGAGGAGGCUCUCUCUGGAGGACCAGGGAGUCCCAGAAGGCAUUGGGGUCUUCCUGCUCGGGGCCACCUCUUCCUCCGCAGUGGACCCCAACUGCUCCGCCAAGGUGAUCCGGGCCAAUCCGCAGGGACGUCGGCGCCACAGCUCCGAGACCUUCUCUUCUACCGCCACCGUGACACCGGUCUUCCCUUCCUUUGCCCGCGGUGACAUGGUGAAGAGACACAGCUCGGUGGAGAACAUCUCAUCCCGGAGCAGCGAGGGCUCCGACGAGGAGUACGGCAGCCCUGUGAACAGGCAGAGCUCGUCCGGCUACCCAAAUGGGCUGAACUACAUUGCCUUGAACCUGCUGGGCAACAGGGACGUGGAGAAAUGCGAGGACCUGGCUGGCUUCAAAUCCACCAGCAGCUGCAAAGGGGGUAUCAAUGGAUUACACAGCUCACCAUAUGUCUGUUUGGGAUUCAAAGAGGCUGCAACCACUGCCAAAGACUGAAGGACUCUUCAAUCCUCUGACUUGGCGUCUUCACUGACCUCGAAAACCAAUCUACUUUGCCCUUUCACUGGGCUCUGUGGCCGUAAAAGACUAUCUGGACCCUUAGUAACACUCACACACACACUUUGGAAACAAGCAGGCCACCAACUAUGCAUGUCAUGAAUUCACUGAAGGUGGCUGGGUGGGUGGAUGUGUUGUUGUGUAUUGGUGUGUCUCAUGUUCCCUGCGCUUUCACAGGCUAUUUGUCCUGUGACCUACAUUUUGGCGCAAGCACAGAAGCAAAGAUAGUCAGAUAAUAACAAAACUCUAAUGGUACCCAGAUACUAUUUAUUAAUUUGAGGGUAGUUUUAUGACUGCCCGUAUUAGUGUGAGUGUGUUUCUGAGACAAAGUACAACCAACCGGUAUGACAGUGAACAAUGAAAUUUACUAUAGAAAUGGCCCAGGGAGCGAUGAUACCAGUGUACACGGAGUAUAUAACUAUAUUUAGAUUAGAUAUGUUAUUUAUUUUUGGAAGAUGAAUGUCUGAUAAGACCUACCCAAUGCCUUAAUGUCUAUACCGUGCUAAUGUUUUCUAUGAAAUAAGAGAUAAAUAUUCUAUUACGGUAUGUCUGUUUGGACCUACAUCUCUAUAUUGUUAUUCUGUUGUGAAGAGUAAAAAGCCUAGCUUACCAGGAAAAAUAUUAUUUCAAAAAUGUACAUUACAGUGGAGCUGCUUACGAUCUGAUUUAUCGUAUUGAUAUAAAGUAUUUUCUUAAUAAUUUCUUAUUUAUUCUAACCUAGUUUAUUUUUUGUCCAAUUAAAGCUCUGGACUUAAAGAAAUAUAUUUCUAAAUGUCUUUAAAAGUUAUGCAUGUCUUUAUAACUCAACUCAAACCCCACAACACCAGGCAUCAGAAUGCACUGUACCUCCCACAGUUAGUCACUUGAGCCUAAAAACCUCACACACUCCUACCUUCAAACCUACGGUCUGCUGUUGAGCUUGAUGCAGGCCGCCCUGCUGUGAAAUCAUUUAACUGUACAACUGUAUAGUUGAGGGGACGAUGGAGGGGUGGAGCCAAUGAAAAAUGUCAAGGUUGGGACACAGUCGAGACAGUUUAUGGUCAACUAGUGAGGGCUGAAGUGAUGGAGGGGAAAGGGGCCGCCAUUGUCAGCAGGGCUGGACAAUCAUCGAGGGGAGGGGGGCUCUGCAACACAGAAAAAGUCGAAGAAAAGCGGCCAACAGCCACAUCUGGCACCAUCAUGGAGGUUCACUGGAGAACCAGCUGUCUGGAAAAUAUAUCUGUAUGGCAGACAGCACAAAAAGUUUGAGCUUGCUGAAGAGAAUUAUGUAAUGUUACAGAAGACAAUUAUGUAAUGUUACAAGAUAAAGCAAGACUAUGUAACUAUAUCACUAAGUGACAACUAUGUAACAAUAACAGGAUAAUGCUAAAUGCUAAAACAUAGUGUAAUAGUUGUAGAAAAGUCAUCAAGUCACUGAACUGGCUUAGUAAAGUACUGUACAGAAAACCAUAUCUAAUGUUUGCUGAAAUUAACCACCGUCUCCUACUGUCUGACAUUAGCUAACAUUAACCACCGUUAGCUACUGGUCAUACCAGAAGUUAGCAACAAAACUCUUGUUCAAAAUUAGCUUAUUAUCUUUUGCUUAACAGCAGCCACUGUGGCCAAAUGCUAACAUGUAGUUUAACACAAGUAUACAAACCGACUUGGUAAAUGUCAGUAACACAGCAGGAUCUAUCUAAAGUUUGAUAACGUUAGCUAACAUUAGCUACUGGUCAUACCAAGGCUGUAGCAAGGGCGUUUUGUAAUGGGUUAUUUCUUUCAAAAGUUACAUAUUCUUGUUUUAAUCUGAAGAAACUGAAGCUGGUCUUUGCUGCAUCGUUCACUGUGCCAACUCCAACUGGCUCACAACCCCUUUAGUGUACAGUAGAUUGUAAAACUUUCAACCAUGUCUGAAUGUAUCGCUGAGCUGGUGGAAACACCACAGGAACAUAAUGUGGAAACGGUUUUGACAGAGUUGAAAAAUAUUGGAGCUGUACCAUGCUAAGUUGUGGUAUCUAUUUAUCUACAGAGUCUUGAAUGUGUAUAUUGUGUACAUAGAAAUAAUUUAACUAAAAACAAUCUAUUGAAAAUACAUAUAGAUUUUACCUACAUUGCAAUGAUAUUCCUGUGUAAAGACUUUGGCUACCGAUUUUUAAUAAGGGGAUGGGGUUUUUGCUUUGGGUUACUGUCUGCUUUUCUCCCUCACAGUCCCUGUGACUAUAUGAAAAAAACAAAUACUCUAUUUAAUUAUUGAGAUCUCUUUGCCUUGUUGACACACUUUACC